AUGUCACCUACUAUCAACAAAGUGAUUUAUAAACCAGACUCAAUGUCUACAGAUGAAUUUAUUGCAAUUAUUUCGGAUGUACCUGCUUAUAAGAAAUGGUUAGGUACAGAAGGAGAUAAAUCGAUUCCAUUAGUGGAAAUUGUAGACUCUUUUGAUGUGUUUCAUAGUGGUCAAGGUGCUCAAGGUUUAUUAAAUAGACCAAGUAAACAAGAACUAGAAACCGUUUUCGGUACAUCCAAUGAUACAGAAGUGAUUACCAUUGUUUUAGAAAAAGGUAGAUUAGAAUCAUCUGAUGGUCAACCUUUAAAGUUUGCAUCUAAGAAUGAUAAUCGUGGUGGAAGUAAUAACAUUAACCGUGGUGGUCAUGCUGCUGGUCAUGCUGGUCGUUAA